GAAAGGAAUCGGCUCCUUCCCUCAUGCUACCACGGUAGCCGGGGAGUGGGGGGAAGACCGCUACCGCGGUCCACGAGGAAAGCGAGAAAUUUGUCGCACUUGGCAGCCGAAUCACCCGGAAAAAUGUUGCGAUGCCGCCCGAUCAGACGUGUGUGUGUGUGUGUGUGUGUGUGGUGUCCACAGCCGUGUGCGCUGAUGCACGUGCCGCACACUUGGACACGUAUAGAGAACGAAUGACGUACGUAUACAAUGCCAUCACAGCGCCGUGUCCGAAUUCUUCGGGAAAUCGAUUUUUCACGCGCACGCACACACAAUAACGGCCGACGAUAAUGCGAUUGUCCGCAGCACACUUGAAUAUCGAUCGAGCUGACGGCCCGCGGCGUAUUUAUGAUUUUCCGAGCGUAAGAUGAAAAAAAAAGAAAAAACGUUACCAAAACGGACGUGGGUAUUAUUACACGGUGCCUGUCCAGUCGUAGGUGGUAACCCACAGGUGAUUCAUUUAUGGUAAAUCAUCGAAAAUCAACCAUUCAUGGUAUUCUCUCAGCAUUGGUGAAUACAAAUAAACAAUGUUUGAGUAAUUAUUCGUUAUUAAAGGUAAAGAGAAACGGUGGCAUUGUAGAUUUGGAAAUUUGUUAUGAUCAGUUAUCAUUGACGACAAUUUACGUAAAAUUUGAAAUCGAUGGGAUUUCACUUAAAAAGUUUGUAACUGUGAUUAUACCACCAGUUGCGACUCGAAAUAUCAAUUUGUAUCCGGAAAAUAUAGCGUGUUUUUAUACAAAAAAUCAUCAAACCGCUCUAUUUAAGUAUAUAUAUAACAAUGAAGAUAAGAUUAGUGAUUCAUCAUUUCUAACCGAAGGACAUUUAGCAAGCAAUGCCGAUUUUUCAGAAAACUUUAAGCAACUGGGAACGUUUUUUUAUGCUAACAUAACGCCUCAAUGGGAAUCCAUUAAUCAACAUGUGUGGGCACUUAUUGAAUCUGCCAUUAGAUCGUAUGCGAUGGAUAACGACAAGAAGCUGGAAGCGUACGCGGGCACGCACGGACAGGCGAUGGUGGACGGACAGCCGCUGUUCCUAACGGGUGAUGGCCGUAUGCCGGUGGCCGCGUGGCUGUGGAAAGCCGCCGUCGACCGGUCAACUGGCGCCGGCAUCGCGUUCGUCUGCUCCAACGACCCGUUUAAAAGGGCGGCCAGCCCUCCCUGCGGCGACAUGGACGUUUGCGUGGACGGCCACUGGCACGCCGCCGUGGUGGUCGGCUGGUCGUUUUGCUGCACUUUGCAACAGCUCGUGGAGACGGUUCCGGGGGCGGCGACGGCCAUAGUCGAUGGCGCCGGCAUGAAGUUGUUGAAAAGACAGUCACCUGCAACGCCACCGAUGUCUCCCGAUAGCGCAGCGACGAUGGACGACGAUGAAGACGAUGAAGACGACGACGACGACGACGACGACGGCGACGACGAAGCAGAAAAAGACGAAGCAGAAAAAGACGAUUGAUAGUUGCGAGAGAGUCGAGUGGAUCGGUCGGCCGACAAAAUGUCGUGUAUCGAUAAAUAAUUAUAUACAUUCAAUUUUACGACGAACACGUGGUUACUGGUUGUAACGGCUACUCUGUACGUUUUCCCGUGACAAUUUUUGUGUUUUUGAAAGAAAAAUAUCUAGUUUUUCACUUUUUAAAGAAACUAUUUUUGUGUAUUAUUAAUAUCAGAUGUUCAAUAAAUAGUUUUUUUUUGUGUGUACCAUUGAUAAGUAUUUUAAGUUAAGCUGAGCGGAGUAGUGGUCCACUCCAUUUCACUCUGCUUGAUUAAAACAUUUUUAGAAAAUUCCUUUACUUCUGAAUAAGAAAAAAUAAAUUAACCCUUGCAUUAUGACAAUAAGUUGUGAAAAUUAUACAUUUUUGUAAAAAUUAAUUAUUUUUAUUAUUAUUAUUUAUUAUUAAAAAAAAUACUUUGGAAUGUAUAAUAUACAAAAAACAAAAUAUAUGAAAAUUGACUGA